ACGAGACGAGUCGAGCGAAAACUUCUUUAACCACCAGUUGAGGCGUGAUCGUGAUUGAAAGGCAAUUGUGGAAUAUUUUCUCUGGAUGCCUUUAAUUUCCAGUCUGCAGAUCUGGUCCUGUGGGCGUCAGUAUCACACAGUGAUCACAGUUCACACCUGCAGUGAAGCCCCUCCCACAACAAUUCACCAAUAAAUACUGGGAAUAUUCCCAUCAUCCUACAAGAGAAGGACAAACUCCAGGAGUAGCAGCUGAAAUCUGUGUGACUGUUAAAGAUGGAGGUUAUUAAAGAGGAGAUUGAAGACAUGAGUUAUCUAGAACCAUCCAGUGUAAAACAAGAAGAGACUGAGGAACAAAUAGACUGGAUGGAAGCGAAUAAGCAAAGACAUGAACCGAAAGAAGCAAAGGAGAAACAGCCGAGGAUCAGAGGUUUUAAGUUUUACCCCUGCACUCAGUGUGGAAAGAGUUUCAGACAAAAUGGAAACCUUAAAACACACAUGAGAAUUCACACAGGAGAGAAACCGUAUACAUGCACUCACUGUGGAAAGGGUUUCUGUAAAAAAGACGGCCUUACUGUACACAUGAGAAUUCACACUGGAGAGAAACCAUUUCACUGUGAUCAGUGUGGUAAAGAUUUUGUUUCGUCGUCAAAUCUAAAACAUCACCAGAAGGUUCAUUCGGAAAUGGUGCUGGUUCAAAGUUGGCUCGGAGUUGGUUCAAACUGCGAACCCGUUCAGAACCUGGUUGUUCUUCCAAUUUCCACUAGAGCGCCCAGUGAACGACGUCGUUACGUCACUGUGUACGUCGACAUACCUAUUAGCUAGAAACGCUUGCAACAACAUUACUUUGGGAUUAUC